AUGCCAACAUAUCACGCUGUCGGCAUCACUGUAAGUCUCGCUGUUGCAGACCUGAAGGCAACAUGUUCGAACGUCGUCGACAAACGCAUGGGCCCGAAGCAGCGUGAAGAUGCGGACCGGAUCUACGAUAUCUUCAGCCAUGGCCGCACACUUACAGAAAGCCCUAUUGGCGUGGAUGGCAGCACGAAAGGGGUUAUGCAGUUCAUUGGCACGAACGAUGAUUUGCCUUUCUUCUUGGUCGAAGCUGGAGAUGGCGUGCUGAGCGUACCUGCCAUCGAUCCGCAACUUAUGGCAACACAAGACAAGGCUUCGAAGACGGAGCCUGACACCGAUGAUUCGCCUCUUACUUCCCUGGGCGCGACUCCGACUAAUGCCAACGUUUCCUUAUCGAAUAUCCAACAUUCAGUCGCUACGUCACUUCCAGUCUCGGCAAAGGAGCGUGGCAAGAAAGCGCAGAACAACGAGCACGACAAAUCUCUGACAUUCGCGAGCUUCGAUCGUGCGCGUGGUCUCCUCGAUGCGCCAAAUGGUCCAAAAGCCUUGAGUCUGACGGUGCAGAUCAGCGACAGGUCGUACCUUCCCACGACCACCGAGAGAGGCAGGAACGUCAGUCAGGAUUUGAAGGUGGAGAUCUUCCUGAACGGUCAGCUUGUCGGCCUCAGCUUCAUCAAUCCUCGCGGUGCAGCGGUCGAGCUCAAGAACGACAGGGUGCGCUAUCACGGUACGAGAGUGCAUCGACAACUGGAGAAGCCAUGGAUCUACGAUAACGCACGCGAAGGAGAGUCUGCUGAGGUCCGCUGGGACAACGUUAGUCGCAAGCUCGAUGAUGAAGCGCAGGCGCGAGGGCAUAAUCGGUGGGGCGACUUCUCAGCGUCCGCUGAAUUUCUCCUGGCUCUGUCGCAGAGAGAGCUGCCGGAGCGCCUUCGAGGUAAUAAUGGCAUCGCGAUUAUCGACAUCAUCAUCACUGCUGGUAACGGCAGGAAGUAUGGCCCAGACACAAGCUAUAUACGGGUGCCCACCCGUAUGGACGAUUCAACCCACGCAGCUGCGCACGGAGAGCCUCGAGUCGAUGAAUUGGAAGAUGCUGACACGCUGUUUGGCAUUCGCCUGCCAACACGAAGUCCUUACCAGAGCUUUGCGUCCGCCGUUCAGCCACACGUGACAUUGCCACAAAGCUCUCCGGAAGUACCUCUUAUGCGCCAGCGCUCGGCAGCACUCCUCCCGCAGACGCCAACGAAGCGAAAGCAGAAAGUCGACCUAGGCGACCUCACGCUAGACGGCAUCGACCUUGACGCUAAAGUCUCUCCGUUCGAGAACUCGCGUCGCAAAGCUGGUCAACAGCGCAAUCUGCGCCAACGACUUCGGGACAUUUCGCAAAUGAAUGCGAAGAAUAAGGCGAAAGCUCUGGAAGCUCUCAGCGAGGAACUUGACGAAGAUCAGCUAGAGCUGGUCAAGAAAACCUUUGCGGAAGAUAUAGAUGAAGAUAUGGAACCUUCGCCUUCCAAGAGAGCUCGGCUAGAUCCUAGCUGCGGCCUCACCCUGGACCACCAGUACGGCUUGAAUAUGCUUGCUGAUGCUGCCAUGUCUCAAGAUGGCACCCUCAAUUCAAUGCAGCUCUGGCGCAGUACUCCAGCACCGCGAGUGCAGCACCCAGCUGACCCUUUCACAGCCAACAUCGACUAUGACGCUGAGGCGCGCUUGACGCAGGACCGUAUGAACAUGGCGCUCGAAGCUGGCGCGGGCUUCAGUGGUCCCCUGAUGCGCCAUCUCGCCGCUACAUCUCCGCGCUCCACGCCGGAGAAGAGGACGAAUGCCGGAUCUCUUGCCAAGUCACCAUGCAAAGUACCUGUCAAAGCCACCCCACGCAACAAGGCAGUCAAGACUCCUACGCCACAGCGCAGCACCUACCGACCAGACGAGUUCGGCUCACCAAUUCCCAUUGAUCCGGUGCUCACUGCCAGUGCUCGACAGCGCGCUACCCCACAGAGACGAAACAAAGACGAAUCCCCAAGCAAAAAAUUCGGGUUAGGGUCCGACAGAACCCGUAAAGCUUGGUAUCCCAACGAGAUCUCGGCCGAUCAGGCCUUCGAGGACUUCGAGAUCCCGGACUUGUGUAAGGGCAGUGUUGUAACGUACUCGGAGGAUCUGGAAAUGAAGAGGCAGAUUGGGAAGGCGAGGGGUGGGGAGUUUUUAGAGAAGAGUGUGGUUGUUGGUAUGAGGUUUGUUGUGGUUUGA